GAAAUGAUGCACGUCACACAGGCACACAGUGCAGUUGGUAAAAAGUGAAGCAGUCUUGAGACACAAAUGGAGUUCUUCCUCAUCUCACCGCUGAAACUCUUACUUUUAGCAGGCUGGCUUUCAACUGUGCUGGAUCCAUGCAAAUCUUCAAAAACUUGUGAACGGUGUCACCAGAAUGCAACUUGUACAGCUGACAGUUGUUUCUGCAAGAGAGGUUUUACUGGAGAUGGAGCCAAUCAGUGCAUAGAUGAUGAUGAGUGUGCAAAUGUCACUCACAUCUGUGGGGAUAAUGCCAUCUGCACAAACACAAUAGGAAGCUAUUAUUGUACCUGCUUGCCUGGAUACAUGUCAUCAGGAAUCGCCAAAUUUCAACCUAAUGAUGGAACCUACUGUAAAGAUCUUGAUGAGUGUAUGUCCGGUCAGAUUUGUGGGCAAUUCUCCAAAUGUCACAACACAAAUGGCUCUUUCUACUGCUCAUGCCAAAGAGAUUAUACAACAUCAUCAGGAAAUAUCCAGUUUCAGGGAGAUAAUACGACUGAGUGCAAAGAGGACCCAAAUAAGGACUGUCAUCAGGACACAGGAUGUAUAACAAAGACUGUUAAAACCACAGUUAAAAAUAUCAUUAACCUGCCAGAUCCACAGCAGCAAAUGGAGGAGAUAAAUAACCAAACAUCAGGUGACCUUGCUCCAGUCACAAUAAUCUCUUACAUUGAUGCCAUGGAAGCGUCUGUGUUGCAUUUUGCAAAUGAGUCUCAGACCGACAGUGCCAUAAAUGCCACCAUCAGGAAUUUGAUUCAAAGCGUGAAUAAUCUGGUGGAAAAGGAGGAAAAGGUGGCAUGGAACAGAAUGAAGGAAGAUACUAAGGACCAUUACAUAACUAAGUUACUACAUACAGCAGAGCAGGGAGCAGUGGCACUUUCUAAAGCCUACAAACAUUCAGCUGAAAUGCAAAUCAAAACAGCUGACGUAGAACUGAAACUCUACAAAUUUGUCUCCCGGGAAAAACAGAAGUCCAGCAUUUCAGCAUCAAUAGGCGGAGAUUCUAUUUCACUUAGUCUCAAAUAUAUGAAAGAGGAAAAUACAAACAGGAGUGUCUCUGUUAUAUUCCUGCACUACGACAGCAUUGGGCCUCUGAUGAAGCCCAAAUCUGACCCCGGGGUGAACGACUAUAGCCGAUACGCCGAAGCAGGAGAGAUCAUAGUAAAUUCUCCUGUAAUAGCUGCUGCCAUAAGUCCACCGGAUAUUUUCCCCUUGGAUUAUGUGACCUUCACUCUAAAACACCAUGAGCAUAUAGACCCUGAAACUGAUGAGACCAAAUGUGCUUUCUGGGACUAUUCACUGAGCAACAUGAAAGGUCACUGGUCCAUCGAGGGCUGUACGCACUCUCAUGUCAACAAGACCCACACAACCUGCUCCUGUAAUCAUCUGACACACUUUGUCAUCCUCAUGUCCUCUGGCCGGGCCAAUCUCGCUGCACACUACAACGUACUGAAUCGCAUCACUCAGCUGGGAAUGGUGAUCUCCAUAAUCUGCUUGUUCAUGUGCAUCUUCACCUUCUGGUUCUUCAGUGAGAUUCAGAGCACCAGGACAACCAUCCACAAGAACCUAUGUUGCAGUCUUUUCAUGGCCGAGUUUAUCUUUCUAAUCGGGAUCAAUAUGUAUGCACACAAGUUGUUUUGUUCGGUUGUUGCUGGGUUGCUGCAUUAUUUCUUUCUGGCUGCUUUCGCAUGGAUGUGCAUCGAGGGCAUACACCUGUACCUGAUUGUUGUCGGCGUCAUCUACAACAAAGGCUUCCUACACCGCAACUUUUACAUAUUCGGUUAUGGCAGUCCAGCAGUGGUUGUCACAAUCUCUGUAACUCUUGGCUAUAAAUACUAUGGCACAAAUUCUGCAUGCUGGCUAAGCACGGAAAGAAAUUUCAUCUGGAGUUUCAUUGGACCUGCAUGUUUAAUUAUUCUGGUGAAUUUGUUGGCAUUUGCUGUAAUCAUCUAUAAAGUCUAUCGUCAUACAGCUGUGAAGAAGCCUGAAAUCAGUCACUAUGAAAAUAUCAGGUCUUGUGCUAGAGGAGCUCUUGCUCUCUUAUUUGUACUUGGAGCUACAUGGACAUUUGGCGUGGUGCACAUCCUCAAUGAGACCACUCUCACAGCCUAUCUCUUCACUUUUGCUAAUGCCUUCCAAGGGAUGUUUAUUUUUAUCUUCCUCUGUGUUUUGUCUAGAAAGGUUCAAGAAGAGUACUACCGAAUGUUCAAGAAUGUGCCAUGUUGUUUUGAGUGCCUGAGAUAAGGAAAUCAGAUUUUUGGACACUCACCACCAUGGAAGCAACUUAAAAAAUAUUUCAUAACUCAUAAGUAUUUGAGGUUACAAAAAUUUGAACCUUUUUGUCACCUACAAAAAAAAAAACAACUAUUUUUUAUAUUUCUAUGUAGCAAAUGUGAUAAUCAAACCCAUCCAUCAUACUGAAAUUAGUAGUAAAAGUAGCAUUAUGUGUUAGUAAAUAGUAGUUAAUCUGUUAUUUGUGUGGCAGCACAGGAAAACCCAUCGGAUGACAGUGACAGUGUGAUUGAAUUCUGGCAAAAAUACUGCUUUUCUGCCUAUAACGUCAACUUAACAAUUUAAUUGUGCCUAGGAUAUAUUCUUGCAGAGAGCCUGUUGGGUAAGGAGCCAGUUUGGAAAAAUGAUGGUGUAAAAAAAAAAAAUUCAGUAUGAAUAAAGAUGUCUAAAGCAACUGUGCUGCAGUCGAAGUUAAAUACUUUUUAAGACUUUAAAAUGCCAUAACUUUACUUGUGAUUGAGAUACACACAAAUAUACUUCAUUUCAAGAAAAGCUGUAGUUCAGAACUAUACAUAGUAGAAAAUUUCACCAUAUGAAGGGUUUUCCCAGGCUGCCACAUAUUUUGUUCACUGUGCACAUUGCAAAUGGAUGUAUUUGAAUACAGCUUAAAAUGUACUUUUGUAAAUUUAACAGUAAAAGUACUGCACUCAAAAUGUACAAAAACUAUUAUAUACAGUAACUAGUUCAUCUGCUCAGUUAUUUACUACACAGAGUUUUGUUUACAUAAUAUUUAAAGUUGCUUAAACUAAAGUUGUGUUUCUGCCUGUAAAAGAGUUGUAUUCUUUAUGUAUUGUAUAAAUCGUUGUUAAUGAGUUACUUUGUGAGGUUUGGAUAUAUUUCAGAUGUUUUUGUUUUUUAAAAAAGUUUUAUUACAGUUUAUUCACUAUUAUCACCACAGACCGAACAAAAUGAUGCAGAAUAGCAUUUAAAUAUGGAAAUCUUUGUGGACUUUUUUAACUGGUCACUGUCAGAAUUCUAAUAUGAUGUUAAAUGAGUGCUUUAUUAAAGGCAGGGAUUUCCUGGAAGGUAAAACUGUUUAGCCCAUAGAUGCAAGUGAAGUCAAGUCACUUUCAUUUUUAAGCACGUUUAAAGAUGUCUACUAAAGUGCCGUAAAAUGAAAUAUUUAGUAAUUUCAAACAGCGAUGAAAUAAAACAUGAAUAAAAUUACAUAAACGAAUUAAUUAAUAAAACAAUAAAAAGCAUCAAGCAAAAGCAUUAGUCAAAGCCACAGGAGGAAAUGGAAGACUCAAUACUACUGACUUUUAUAAUGACUCAAAUGCCUGGGAGAGUAAACAUAUUUUUAAACUGGAAAUGAAAGUUCAGUGCUAAUAUUAACUAUAAAUCAUAAAUGUGUGGUGUGAUGCAACUGGCUAAGUGGAGUGAUAAAGUUUUUGGACAUUUAUGAUUGAGCUAGACAUAAAUUAUUCCAAUAAAAUAAGCUAAAAACGUUUCUCCCUUCAUUAAACGUUUGUCCAUUCACUAAUACAUAUUCUUUGGUUCAAUUUUCCAAUAAUAGAAUAUUUAUAAUGGUCAUUAAAACUAAUUGCUAAAAUAUAGAGUGGUCAAACAAUUUUGACUGGCAGUGCAUGAUAGCAAGUAAACUAUAUAACACUAAAGAUAAUAUAGCAUUCAUGAAAAGUUAUUGAUAAUUUCUUAACACUUGUUUAUCCUGAAUACGUUCUGGAAUGUUCAUGAAGUACAUUUUGUUUCUUAAUGAUGGCCAAAAGCUAACUGACUGAGGGACAGCUGUGGUGGCGCAACAGUUAAGCUUCUGUGCUUAUGAGUGAAAGAUUGAGUUCAAAUCUCAGAACAGCGACAAAGUCACUGUUGGGCUCUUGAGCGACUCCUUUAACUGUUCAGUUUUAUGUUUAUAAUAGGUCUCACUAAAUGAAUAAAUGUAUAUUUAAAAGCUG